AUGCAAUGGGUGGACUUCAAGCGUCAGCAGUCGAAGGUUAAUCUGGAGACGUUCAGCGUUUUCAUGGAAAAUCUGGCGGACAAAGCUCUUGAAGUGUCGUACGAAGGAGCACGCCUUGAAGAGGCAAGCAAGGGAAAACGGCGUGAAAACUCUUCAGCAGUUAAAGGUUUCGUACACGUAACGGAUGGUGAAGUGCAGGAAUGCUGUUGCCACCAUAUUCAAAGGAAGAUGCUUGAUGAUCCAACCAGAGAGAAGUUGAAUGAAAAUAACAUGGCUUCCACAGAAAGGCCCAAACCUGAGAGAAACUGUGCAGUUUUUGGCAAACCAGGUCAUUUUGGAAAGCAAUGUGAUGAGUUUAGAUCGAUGAGUUUGGAGGAUCGUUGGAAAAGGGUACAAACCCUCAACUUGUGUCCGCUGUGUUUGUACAGCCAUGGCGCGAAUAGAUGUUGGUCGAAACGACGCUGCGGUAUAAAUAGGUGUGAGCAAAAUCAUCAUCCUCUGCUGCAUUGGGAACCAACUGGACCUCAGCACGUCGUUGCUAGUUGCAAUAGCCAUCGACAGUGCGAUCAGUCUGUGAUGUUUCGGAUAGUUCCAGUGAUGCUGUACAACAAUGGCAAGCAGCUAGAGACGUUAGCACUUAUUGACGAAGGCUCAUCGGUAACGCUGAUUGAUACAGAGCUAGCACGACUUCUGGAAGCUGAUGGAGUACAUGAACCUCUCAAAAUGAAGUGGACGAACGGAAUCAGCCAAACCGAAAGCGAUUCGGUAAAGUUUACGCUGUGCAUAUCGGACCAGCAACAAAGUUGUCAAUCUACUUUGGCAGACGUGAGAACGGUUGCUAAACUGAAUUUACCGGUUCAAGGAUUGGACUCCGACGAAUUAAAGGAACGUUUCGACUAUCUACAGAAGAUAGAGCUUCCAAACUACACAGCUGCGGCUCCGAAGCUGUUAAUCGGAAUUAAUAACAUUCACUUGAUCGCACCUCUGGAGUCGAGAAUUGGGGAAGCCGGAGAACCUGUAGCAAUCCGAUGUAAGCUCGGAUGGACGAUUUACGGACCACGCGAUGGUGCAGUAGCUAGUGUACAGUUCAUAGGACUUCAUCAUUGUGGUUGUGACGCAUGCUGUAAACCUGAUCAAGAAAUGAAUAAUGCCCUGAAAGAGUUUUUCCAACUUGAAGCUGUAGGAAUAUCCCCGGUAAACCUCAAAUCGAAGGAAGAUAAACGAGCGCGAGAAAUCUUGGAGAGAACAACGAAACGAAUAGGUAAUCGAUUUGAGACUGGAUUGUUGUGGGCUGAAGAUGACGUAGUGUUUCCUGAUAGCUUUCCAAUGGCAGUCAAGCGAUGGAAGAGUUUGCAGGUUAGAAUGGACCGUAACUCAGGCAUAAGUGAGAAUAUCGCUAAACAACUGCAAGAAUACGUGGACAAAGGAUACGCACAUCGUAUAACUGAACAAGAGAUAAAGGACACAGAGCCAGGAAAGGCCUGGUAUUUGCCAAUAAACUACGUCUUAAAUCCUAACAAACCAGGAAAGGUGCGAAUUGUUUGGGAUGCUGCAGCGAAAGUACAGGGUGUUUCAUUGAAUGAUAGACUGUUGAAAGGGCCUGAUAUGAUCUCGUCGCUACCCUCCGUUAUCCACUGCUUCCGAGAACGUAAAGUGGCGUUCGGCGGUGACAUUCGGGAAAUGUUUCACCAGAUCAGAAUACGCUCGCAGGAUCGACAAGCACAACGAUUUCUCUUCGGAUCAGAUAGCAAAGGUGAACCUCAAAUUUACGUCAUGGACGUGGUAAUAUUUGGAGCCAGUUGCACUCCGUGUACAUCGCAAUACGUGAAGAAUUUGAACGGCCUAGAACAUGCGGAGAAAUACCCGGAGGCAUCACAGGCAAUAAUGAAGAAGCAUUUCGUAGACGAUUACUUUGACAGUGCUGAUACUGAAGAAGAAGCGAUAAAACGAGCGUCUGAGGUAAGGGAAAUACAUGCUGCAGGAGGUUUUGAAAUAAGGAACUGGGUCAGUAACUCUCAAGAAGUAUUGAAGUCACUUGGAGAAAUUUCUGCGAAACAAACGAGAAUUGUUGAGGUCAAUAAGACAACAGAGGUUGAACGAGUGCUAGGGGUACGAUGGAAUUCUCAGAACGACGUUUUCGUAUUCUCAAUGAACCUGCGAGAAGAUCUUCAGCCAUAUUUGCAAGAAGGAGCUUGGCCUACUAAAAGAAUAGCACUGAAGUGCAUCAUGAGUAUGUUUGACCCAAAGCAGUUUUUAGCACCUCUCUUGAUACACGGACGUAUUUUGAUGCAAGACGUUUGGCGCAGUGGUAUUGGCUGGGAUGAGAAGCUGCUGCAGGCACAGUACGACGUUUGGGUGAGGUGGACGAGUAUUUUAUCCUUGGCAGAAGCUGUUGAAGUACCACGCUGCUACCUUGGGACCGCAAGCUCGACGGCGUAUAGUUCGGUGCAGUUGCACAUCUUCGUAGAUGCGGGAGAGAAUGCUUAUGGUAGCGUUGCCUACUUCAGGUUUUCGGAUGAGAAAGGAGUGCACUGUUCUUUCAUUGAGGCAAAGGCGAAGGUAGCCCCAUUGCAGUAUUUGUCCAUACCUCGGAAGGAGUUACAAUCCGCAACGUUAGGAGCUCAGUUAGCGAAAUCCAUAAAAAUUAAUCAUUCGUUUCCUAUCUAUAAAACUGUAUUUUGGACGGAUUCGAAGGCGGUGUUCUCGUGGAUAAGAUCAGAGCGUAGAAAGUACAAGAAGUUUGUUGCUCAUCGGGUUGGGCAGAUUCUUGAAGUAUCAAACCCUGAAGACUGGCGAUGGGUGCCCACGAAGGAUAACGCGGCAGACGAUUUGACAAAGUGGAGCAAGUCUACCGAGAUCCACUCUGACAGCCGCUGGUUCCGUGGUCCACAGUUCUUGUAUUUCGCAGAGCAGCAUUGGCCCCUUCAAACGCAGGAGGUGGAAGAAUUCCAGGAAGAAUUAAGAGCAAGCGUGUUAUUUCAAAAUGUCAUAGUUUCGGACGGACUAUCGAUGCGGAUUGGGAAUGUAUUUAAGUGGACGGUUCUAGUUCGAAUGGUAGCUACAGUUCUUCGCUACAUGUCAAACUGCAAGCGCUGUGUGCAAAAUCUACCGAUCGAAUCACUUCGUACCGAAGCAGAGAGAACUAAUAACCAACUGAAGCUGAAACCAGGGCACUAUGUUCCACUGCGUCAAGAAGAAUAUUUUGCAGCGGAAAAUUGUCUUUGGCGCUUGGCACAGCGCGAAGAAUACGCAGAUGAAGUGGCGACGUUGUUGAAACAGAAAGAUGGGAGAGAGUUGAAACUGGAACGAUCGAGUUUGUUGUUUGACAAGUCACCCUUUUUAGAUGAGUUUGGAGUGGUACGAAUGGAAGGUAGAACGGAAAGAGCAGAGUAUGCUUCAUUUGAUUCGAGAUUCCCGAUCAUAUUGCCGAAGAACCACCUCGUGACUAAGAGGCUUGUAGACGAGUUCCAUCGAAAAUCUGGGCAUGCUAGUAGGGAAACGGUGGUGAACGAAAUUCGGCAACGGUUUUUUAUCAAUAACUUGAGAGCAGUAGUGGACAAAGUUAUAAGUGAAUGCCAGUGGUGUAGAAUACAAAAGGCUAAGCCGCAAAUACCCAGGAUGGCUCCAUUACCGAAACAACGGAUGGCAGUUGGAGCUGAGGCCUUUUCGUACGUAGGGUUGGAUUAUUUCGGACCGUUGGAGGUAUCAAUUGGGCGGCGACGGGAAAAGAGAUGGGUGGCACUGUUCACGUGCAUGACAACACGAGCUGUUCAUCUGGAAGUCGCGUACAAUUUAACAACAGAGUCGUGCAAGAUGGCAGUAAGAAGAUUCGUCAGGAGGAGAAGAAGUCCGAUCGAAAUUUUUUCUGAUAACGGAACCAAUUUUGUCGGAGCUAGCCGAGAACUCGCGCUGCAAAUUCGCCGGAUCAAUGAAGGGUGCGCCGAUACAUUUACAAGUGCUAGAACUCGCUGGGUGUUCAACCUGCCUUCAGCACCCCAUAUGGGUGGCGUGUGGGAGCGUAUGGUGAGGUCGGUGAAGGUAGCGUUAAAUACAUUAACAGACGGUGGAAGGCUCACGGAUGAGAUAUUGAACACAGCCUUGGUUGAAGUGGAGGACUUAAUUAAUUCGCGGCCACUAACGUAUGUGUCUACGAAUGUGAAAGAAGACCCAGAAGCUUUUAAACCUAACCAUUUCAUGAAAGGGAUAUCAGCAGAAUGUUUGCCGCCUAGGAAUCCAAUAGAAGUCGCUGAAGCUCUCAGGAGUAAAUAUGUUCGAGCCCAACAGUUAGCAGACGGUAUAUGGAAUCGUUGGCAAGCUGAAUAUCUACCAAAGCUGAACAAACGGCCAAAGUGGUUCAACGACGUUCGACAAAUGCAACCGGGAGAUCUGGUAUUUGCCUUGGAGGAUAACAAGCGUGAACGAGGAGUGGUUUCAAAAGUGUUCCUGGGAAGUGAUGGCCGUGUACGAUCAGCAGCAGUGAAAACCAGCAAAGGAGAGAAGACGAGACCCGUGUCAAAACUGGCAGUGCUAGAGAUGCCUAGUAGUAAGCCCAACGAAGAAAACCGUGGAUAG